AUGGACGAAACAAAUGACAAAAUGAACACAGGGGAAGUUCAUUGUAUAUCAAAUUCCUCUCCUACAGUGAAACCAAAAAAAAGGUCAAUUGUUGAGAGGGAACUCGAGACAAGUCUUACUCCCAUGAUAACAUCACCAAUUACUAAUGGUGAAAGUACAAGUAGGUAUGGGAGGGCACGUAAGAUAAAAGGUGGACUAAGCCCUGUAAACUUUGAAAAAACCAAUGUAAAGUUAUGUACACCGACCAAUGAAAAGUCACCGAACAAAGUGUUAACAGCUUAUAAAAUGCAUGCUAUGAAUUCACCAAUAACAUCUGAAACAAUGUGCCUUGAUAGUCAAGUUGAAAAUAUUUACAAGGAAAAUUUGUCUCUAAGUCGUUUUGGUACAGAAGAAAAGAAGUGCAAAUUGCAAAGUUCGAAAACAUAUACAAGAAAAGAUCUUAUACAAACUAAAGAAAAGGAAGAAACAGUUAUUUUAAUCCGAAAUUUGUUUUCACCAGAACAAAAGCUCACAAAAGACUCAGAAAUAAAUAUUAAGAAAAAACGUAAGGAAGAUUUGUCAUCUGUUGUUAAAACAUUGGAUUUUGGAGGGAAAAAGAAAACUAAGGAGAUACAAGAAAAGAGAAUAUCUCAGAGUGAUUUAUUUGAUUUGGAAGCACAAUGUAAUUACCAAGUAGGAGACUUGGCUUGGGCAAGAAUGGGUGCAUAUCCAUUCUGGCCAUGUAUUAUAUCAAGAGAACCUAGUAGCAAUCUAUUUGUCAAGAAAAAGUUAUUUGGUAGACAAGAAAGAGAUAUUAUACAUGUGACUUUCUUUGGUGAUAAUGGUCGACGGGGCUGGAUGUUAGAAACAAUGUUAAGGAAAUACUCUGGUUUGCAUGAGUUUGAAUCUACGAGAGACAAUUUUACCCCAGAAGCAAAGAAAAAGGAUCCUAAAUUAUAUGCAGCAUUUUUUGUGUCUGAAAAACGAUUGCCGCUUUGGCACUUAUCUAUACAAGAAGCAGAAGUCCUUUUGAGAGAGCCAAAAAGACUAAGGAUUGACAUUUUAAAUGAUAUGAUAAAUAAAAGUAAGGAAGGAAAUAUUGUAACACAAAAGAGUAAAAGAAUUGUUAGAACAAACAGUGAUGUCUCUCUUAGUGAAAGUUUAUAUGACAGCUUGUUUUCAGAGGAGGACUCUAAAAAUUCAGACUCGGAAUCAGGUAGGAGAAGUAGGACUAAGUCUUAUGAUGUUUCUGACGUUGUUACGGCUUGCCUUGAUAAUAUGGCGGCGAAAACUGGUAUCACAAAAAUUCAGAAACAGUCCCAUAUGGAUAGAUGGUUGCAGAAAGCCAAAUCUAUAACACCAGAAAAGUGCCAAUUAAAAUUAAUUAAAUCAGACAGGAGAGUUAAAGCUACCCCAAAAACAAAAGUGCCUUCUAAUGAUGACAUAAGAUACAAAUUGCGUAACAUAAGAAAUGAAUCUCAUAGUGAUAUUAGCAGGUUCACUCAUCAAAAUGAGCAUGAUUAUUAUUUGCAAAGUAUUCCCAAUGGGAAUAUAUUAAAUGAAAAUGAACUAGAUCAUAGUGGAAGUAAUUCUGGAAAAAAAUUACCAAAUGUAGCUAAGAAUAUAUUCACAUCUGAUAUAGCAUUAGGCAUUGCACCACAACCUCUGAGUGAAAUGUGUACUGAAGUUAUAUCAAAUGAAGACACAAUAAUUGAUCUUUCCAAUAUUAAUGAAGUUAUACUACAACCUACUAAUGAAGAAGAAUUACUUGUAAAUCGAGUAGAUAAAGUUGGAAAGGUGUGUGUUUCUAAUGAAGUAAGUAAAUCUAUGGAAUUAAAUACGGAAAUAAAAAAAUUAACUAAUGGAGAAAAUAAUUGUAAAGCUAAUCAAAAAGACAACAAAAUGUUGUCUGUGAACUUAACUAGGUGUCCUAUUGAAGUUGUAAACAAACAUUUGAAUAAGAAAGCUAAUGCAAACGAUAAAAAUAACAUAAAAAACUACAUUUUAAAUAAAGUUGACCUAAAUACACCAAAUUUAGAUAAAGACCGUCUUGUAAAUAAGACAACUUUUGUCCACCAAAGCUUGGAAAAUAGUAAUGGCUCUUUAAAUAUAACGGAUUUAGAAUGUUGUGAAGAAACAAGUAAAACAAUGCACAAUGACACUAAAGCUCUACCUACAGAUAUUUCUUCAACAAAAACGAAAAAAUUUAUGAAAACUAAAAAUUGCGAUAUGAACUUUGACAAAGAAUUUGACCCAGUUGCUAUUAAAAAUGUCAAAAUAUUAUAUGAUAUAGAUACUGACGACGACGUAAAAAAUGAAAAGUCAAAUGAAAUUGCACCUUUUACUCUAGAAGAGACAAAAACUGUAGUUAUAUUAAAAAAUACAACUGAAAUCAAUACAAUGAUGCCUAAAAAUCACUCACUUGAAAAUAACGAUAUUGUCUCAAUAUCAGAAUUGGAACAAAGAAAACGCAAGGUAGAACCUAAAAAAGAUUCUACAUUUCGUUCAGAUGUGUGGACUGAUCUAGGUGACGGACCUUCAAAAAUGACGACAAAUCAAGAUGACAAUAGUUUAAACAAAAGUAAAAAUACUAUGCUUUGUGAUUAUACAUCAAACGCUACUUGCAUUGCAGACGACAGAAAUACGGAUAACGAUGAAAUGCUGUUAACCGAAUCAUUUAAUUUGAUUACGCAAUAUGAAGGUGAAGAUUCUUGUGAUAUUCAAUUAAUAUAUGACGAGGGUGACAGUAGUCUUGAUAUUUUUUCUUCAAAGGAAUUAAAUCUCAAUCACAAAGAUGACACUGACGAAGAUGUAACUACAAGAAAAUUAAAAAGCAAGACAGUACAAAAAACUGAUAUUCAUGGUAUAGAAAAAUUAAAUAAACAAGUAACUUCUGAUGGAAUCAGUAUUUUUGAAGAAAAUAUUAUAAAAGAAUCAAAGAAACUUGAAACUAGUUUUAAUUUUAAAUCUAUUGAAACGAAAUCAGACUCAAGUUCUCUAUCAAGUAAUUUUCAAUCCAACAAUUCUUGCAAUAUUGACUUAAAUUAUCAGGAUCAAUCGUCACCAGUAAACAUUUCCCUUGUUGAAACUUAUGAUAUUAAUAAAGAUUAUUCAGGACACGUAAGAGAAAAUAAAGAAUCACAAAAACCUAACAUUGCAUUUAAUAAUAAGAACACAGUCGAUUUAAGUUCUAAGUUUGAUUUGUGUGAAAAUAAGCUUAGAACAAGAAAAAAAGAUAACUCUAUGGCAUCUCAAGAUAAAAAUGGUUUUAAAAAUCCUGGCUUCCUAAAAUAUCUUGAAGAAAAACAAGAUGUAGUGAUGGACGAGAAUCCGAAUUUGGCCUAUGAAGAUAUAAAAACUUAUUUGUAUAAAACAUGGCAAUAUCAAGAAGGUUUAAAAUUAUGUUUAAAUGAUUUUGAUCAGUCAAAAUCAGUUAAAGGUCUUGAUGGAGAGGUGGUGGAGAGGAAAUCGAAGAAAUUAUCCCUUAAAAAGAGACCCGAAAACUUGCACCAAACUACAAUUGAUUUCAAAUCAGUACAAACUUCUCAAUUUAAAGUAAAUCUAUUGCUCAACGGUCAAGAAGUAAAUACACUGCCAUCAAAUUGUAAUUAUGAUGAAAAAGAAAGUAACAUAACUGCACAGGGUUCAAGUGAAGUUAUCACAAAUAAGAUAGCUUUAAAUAAAGGCGGAAAUUUAAUGUCACAUCAAGAAAGUAACCAAUCUGAAUUAUUAAAAUCUAAUAUUUGCAACGAUAUUCCCUUCAAAAUUGUAACAGAUAUGGAUGAUACAGAUAAUUCAAAGUUGUUACAUACAAGCUACCAACUUGAAGAGACUAGUAAUUCUAAACUAUCAGCUAUACAUCUAGAUGAAAAAGAAGAAAACGUGGUUGACAUCUUGCCUGAUACGCCCCUUUCUAAUCGAGAGAGACCUCUUUUAAAACAGGCUCCGAGCAGUGUGUCAGACUCAGACGAUCAUAAGCCCGAUGCAGUGAACGAAACUGACAAAUAUAUAGAAUCAAAAGAUAUAGAUUCCAGGAGAGACUCUGAAGAUAGUGAAUACGCUCCGAGUAGAUCAUCUACAAUUUCUAAAGAACACGAUCAAAGAGAAGAUUUCGAUACGAUUUCAAUAAAAUCAAGCAGUGAAGUACGAGUACCCUCAAAACAAAAGACGCGUAAAGAAAAACAAACGUCGAAUAAACAUCUCGAAGACCCUGAAUUUCUGAAAUACUUAGAAUUAAGACAGGAUCAAAUAAUAGAUGAACAACCUGAACUCAGUCAAGCAGAAAUCGUGACAUACUUAUAUAACACAUGGUCAUAUGAAGAGAACAAGAAAUCAGAGGAGAAGAAGUCUGACGACUUAGAUCAAGGGAACUUAGUCAAAGGACUUAACAGUGAACCAGUAAAAAAACUGCGAAAAAAAGUUAAAGUUACUAAAGAAAAAGAGUAUUCGAAUAUACGAGAAGACACGUCUCUUAAAGACAAGUCGAAAAGAAGAACCGAAAGACAAUUCUACAGAGAAGACUAUUCAGACAUUGAAGACGAAAUAGAACUGUUUCAAUCUGGUAAUGAAAAAGAGGUAAUAAGUGAUAUUGAAAAAAUAAGUUCCGAUGGCGUAACUAUUACAGACGACCAGGUUCCAGAUGAAGUAAACCAAGUAGAGGAAUAUUUCAGACAGUUAACAGAAUCUAAACCAAAUCUAUUCAAAGGAUUAGUCAGAGAGAGAGUGUGUGAAAUAUGUGAAAAAGUGGGCAAUCUCGUCAAGUGUAAAGGUUGCUACGGAAUGUUUCACACGGAUUGUACAGCAAAAGUUGUCGAGUUAAAGGAAUCACCUGUUCCCAUAAGAGGUAGAAAGAAGAAACGAAAAUACAAGGGCAGAAAACCAAAGGGCCUAGAUGACUCAUAUGAAGAUCACAGCGACGAUAAAUCCCAGGAACAUGACAUGUCGUUCGAGUACGAAACGGAAACGCACACAGUCAUCAAUGCGGAGGAAUUCGAACAGAAACUGUCAGAAAAGUUAAAAGAGCUAAUUGACAACCCAGAAACAAAGUACGACUCGUACUCUAGCGAUGACGAACUGGAUUGGAGUGAUACAGAGGUGGGGAGGUGUAAAAUUGUAGAUAUAAUACCAAAGAAGAAGAAGGCAGAAAUAGUAGACUUCAAAUGCAGGAACUGCGAAGAACAUGAUAUACCCUUAUGUUUCGUGUGCAAGAGUGUAAAAUCCCCUAAAAAGCAAGUCGAGCAUAGACAGAAGUGUCAGAUAGCGCAUUGCAAUCAGUACUAUCACAUUGAAUGUUUGGAGCACUGGCCCCAAACUCAGUUCAAUAGCGGGGAGAGAAGUAAGAAGGGCACAGAAUUUGUUGAAGGGCUUCAUUGCCCCAGGCACGUCUGCCACACUUGUGUCUGCGAUGAUCCUAGAGGCUGCAAGACCCGGUUCAGUGGGGAUAAGCUCGCGCGCUGUGUGCGUUGCCCGGCUACAUACCAUACGUUCACAAAAUGUAUUCCAGCGGGAACGCAGAUACUGAGCGGAUCGCAUAUAAUAUGUCCACGCCAUUAUGAACACAGGCCUGGCAAGGUACCGUGUCAUGUAAACACGGGCUGGUGUUUUAUCUGUGCUCUGGGGGGAACGCUGAUCUGCUGCGAGUACUGCCCCACAUCUUUCCACGCGGAAUGCCUUAACAUCGAGCCUCCAGAAGGGGGAUAUAUGUGUGAAGAUUGUGAAACUGGAUGCUUGCCGCUGUACGGGGAAAUGGUGUGGGUGAAAUUAGGUCACUACAGAUGGUGGCCUGGUCUUAUCCUGCAUCCAUCUGAAAUUCCGGAGAAUGUUAUGGUGGUGAAGCAUUACCCAGGGGAGUUUGUAGUGCGGUUCUUCGGGCAAUACGACUAUUACUGGGUCAACAGAGGCAGGGUGUUCCCUUUCCAGGAAGGUGACACUGGCAGGAUAUCGAACAGAAACUCAAAAAUCGACGCCGCCUUUGCAACCGCAGUGGAGCAUGCGCAACGCGCUUAUGAGAUAUUGAAGAAUGCAUCACCGAGCAACGACGGAGACGAAAACAUAGCGUCGUCUCUUCUUCCCCCGCACUACGUGAAAUUAAAAGUGAAUAAACCUUGUGGAUCUCUAAUCAAUAAGAAAAUAGACCUCGAGGAAAGUUCUCUGACGCAGUGCGAUUGUAAUCCUAACGACAUCGAGCCGUGUGGCCUUUAUUCGCAGUGUCUGAACAGGAUGUUACUAACGGAAUGCGGACCGAUAUGUCGAGCUGGAGACAGGUGCUGUAAUCGCGCAUUUGAGAAACGACAGUACCCUCGAAUGGAGCCUUACCGCACACCGGCACGUGGCUGGGGCCUUCGUACUCUUGAAGAUAUCAGAGCUGGUCAAUUCGUCAUAGAAUACGUAGGCGAGUUGAUAGAUGAAGAAGAGUUCCAACGCCGUAUGAAGUGGAAGCACGAAGUGAGAGACGAGAACUACUACUUCCUCACGCUGGACAAAGAGAGGAUGAUCGACGCGGGACCGAAGGGAAAUCUUGCCAGGUUUAUGAAUCAUUCGUGCGACCCAAACUGCGAGACGCAGAAGUGGACUGUACUUGGUGAUGUCAGAGUGGGACUCUUCGCGUUGUUCGAUAUACCUGCGAAAAGCGAGAUAACGUUUAACUAUAAUUUGGAGUGUGCAGGCAUUGAGAAAAAGCGCUGUAUGUGUGGGACGAAGCGAUGUUCUGGAUUUAUGGGGGCUAAGCCAAAACAGGAGGAACCAAAGAAAAGUAAAGUAGCUGCUAAGAGAACGUAUAAGAAACGAAAGACCAUAGAACUCUCGCCGACACCAAGUAAACCUAAACGCGGCCGUCCCAAAAAUAGGGAACUAACAGAAAUAGAAAAGGACUUGUUGAUCAUCAAAAAUGCCACAAACGGAUUAUCAAGCGACUCUGAAAGCAGCGGCAGACUAAACAGUUUGGACAGUGUACACUCGCUUAAGAGGAAAAGAGUGAAAGAAGAUAACGGCUUCGUCUCUCCAAGCACAAAGAAAAGUAAAGGUAGCAAUUCGGAGCUUGAUAGCACCAGAAAUGAAAGCACUCAUGAUCAUCAAAAGUCAAAAGAUAAUUUAGACGCAGCCUAUAAUCAUAAGGUCGAGAAUGAUCAGAAAUUAAAAAGAAAUAGAAUCAUGCUUAAACACGUUGAACGGACAAAGCUAGACGACGUACAAGAUGAUGUUUGA